AUCUACCGACCUGAUCAGUUCAUGAACCCAGGCCCCGCGCCUCGUCCACCGACCGACCGACCAAAAGUCGCACUUACACCUCAGAUCUACAACACCCACAAUCUCAGCGGCGUGAACAACGGCUCUGCCAAUCCGAUCAGCUCAUCCACACCAACGCUCGGCCGAUCAGAGACGAGCAAUGGAGAGUUCACCGUCGUCAAAGAUGGCUGGGCAAAGGUCAAAGAGGAGGGAGGUGGAUUCAUGAAGGCAUUCUGGACCGACCGCUUCCUCGUCCUGCGCGAGAAACAGCUGGAUUUUCUCAAAUCAGCCACAAGCAGCAAGACCGCCAACACAAUCCUCCUCCGCGACGUGUCCCACAUCACACGCUCGGACAACUACCCUUUCAGUGUGGAGCUCACUCGAGAAGGGAACAAGAUGUGGAUUCUGAAGUUUGACACCGACACUGAAGUCUACAACUGGAUGGACAGCAUAUACGACCGAUGCCCUAGCAUGGGCGGCGUAUCGCACCCGACGGGAUUCUCACAUCGUGUCCAUGUCGGCUUCGAUCCUGUCACGGGAGGCUUCGUCGGUCUGCCAGUGGAGUGGGAACGCCUUCUCAAGGGCUCUGCUCUGACCAAAGACGACAUGGCGAAGAACCCGCAGGCUGUCAUGGAGGUCCUGCAGUUCUACACAGACAAGCUCGCCACGCGCCAAGAUGAGCCGAAGAUGUUCGCGCAAACCCCCGGCGGCGACAGCAAUAGAGAGAAGCAGCUUGGCUACUCAACAGGACACAGCGUCGCUCCACCACGACCUCAGCCACCGUUCGGCCGACAGGAGAGCUACAGGUCACCUGGAAGUGCAUCGGGCAGCGCGCACGGACGAGACCAGUCUAGCGAUAGAUAUGGUGGACAAAAGACUUCGCCCCAAGCCGAGGAAGAGCGUCGUAAGAGGCAGGAGGAGAGCAGGCGGCGCGAAGAGGUAGAACAGAGACACGAGGACGAACGCAGGACACGUCAAGAGCAAGAGGAUCGCGAAUACAACGACUCCAUCCCCAAGUCCAAAGUGCCUCUUGCGAAGCAGGAGAUUGGUGGUGGUUUCGUUGGCGAAUCUGCAUCGAGGGACGCCAGCCCAAGCUCGAGAUAUAACGCUUCUCGGCCUGCACCGCCCGCGCCCUCCACAAGCAAGGGCGGACAACCCGGCAGUGCGAUCCCAAUUCGAGGGUUGCAGGCGCAACGUCCUGCUCCGGCACCUCCGGGUUCCUCCAAUGGCUCUUCCACAUCUCCGUCGAAGAAGCCGGGUGCGAACGGCUCCUCGCCAUAUGCUGUGAAGCAGCCUCCUGGUCAGUCACAGCCAAGGAGAGAAGAUCAGAAGCCACAGACUGCCGGCCCUACACAUGGCGCAUCGCCCAGUCAGGGGCAAGUGAAGCCACUCAACGUCGCAACCAAAUCUCCCACAGGCGCACCAAAAGAUGCAGCCAUCAAGCAGGCCGAGGCGGCGCUUACCAAGAAAGAUCCCACCGAGAAGCAGAAGGAAGUUCGCAUGAGUGCCAUGUCCGAUGCACAAGUGAUGGACCGCCUUCGCUCAGUCGUGACCCUAUCCAACCCUCUUGAGAGCUAUAACAAGCAGAAGAAGAUUGGCCAGGGUGCUUCAGGCUCCGUCUACGUGGCUCGCAUCCGUGAGAGCGCUCCUAGCCAAACCGCAAAGGAUCUGAUCAAGAUGUACGGACCUCGCGCUCAAGUGGCUAUCAAGCAAAUGGAUCUUCGAUCGCAGCCACGGAAGGAGCUCAUCGUGAAUGAGAUCAUCGUCAUGAAGGAGAGCCGACACGACAACAUUGUCAACUUCUUGGAUGCCUUCCUUCAAGAGGAGACGUUCGAGCUUUGGGUCGUCAUGGAGUUUAUGGAGGGCGGUGCACUGACCGACGUCAUCGACAACAACGCCUCCAUCUCCGAAGACCAAAUCGCAACGAUUUGCUACGAGACCUGCAAGGGCCUCAUCCACCUCCACGCCCAAAACAUCAUCCAUCGCGAUAUCAAAUCCGACAACGUCCUCCUCUCCGCCCGCGGCAGCGUCAAAAUCACCGAUUUCGGCUUCUGCGCGAAGCUCACCGAACAGCGCUCCAAGCGCGCCACCAUGGUUGGCACGCCGUACUGGAUGGCGCCCGAAGUCGUCAAGCAGAAAGAGUACGGCAGCAAAGUCGACAUCUGGUCGCUCGGCAUUAUGGCAAUCGAAAUGAUCGAGUCCGAGCCGCCGUAUUUGAAUGAGGAGCCGCUCAAGGCGCUGUACUUGAUUGCGACGAACGGCACGCCGAGACUGAAGAAGCCGGAGAAGCUGAGCAAGGAGUUGAAGGCUUUCUUGAGUGUGUGUCUUUGUGUGGAUGUCAAGUCGAGAGCCACAGCGGAGGAGCUUGGACGACACGAGUUCUUGCAGCAUGGCUGCUCGCUCGCGAGUUUGAGUGAGCUUUUGCGAUUCAGAAAGGGAGGUGGGCAUUAAAUCAUCAGAGGAUGAUUUUUGUUCACAUUUCUUCUCAUACUGGAUUCUCCGGAGUUGGAGGUUUGGAGACGACCGGUCACCGUGGGUCUGCGGCAAGGUUGGCGGCGUACGGUCGAGGUCACGUGCGGUCGCCGACUAGUCCGGACCGCGAUUUUAAUGUCUUUUGCGCUCGCGCUGGCAGGGGAGGGCACGGGCCUGCAUUUUAUGAUACCACUUUCGGUUUCUUGUCACUUCACUUCCGCUGCGAGAAGGUACUUGCGGAGGAUGGAGGGCGUUUUGGGGAUAGGGAUUGCUCAGGCGGAGGUUUUUGCGCGCGUGGCGGAUUGCGUUGGGAGGAAAGAGCGAGGACUUCAGGAAAAGAAUGGAUGAUUAAGGAAAGGAAGGAUGAAGAUUCUGAGGAGGAAAAGGC